AUGGAGUGGCCCGAGGCGCGGAAAAUCGGCGCCGGGCUCGCGAACUUGGGCAACACGUGCUUCAUGAACGCGGUGAUGCAGUGCCUCACGCACACGCCGCCGCUCGCGCAAUUCUGCCUCGCCGGGGAGCACCGCAACGCGCUGUACGAGAUGGGCGAGCACGUGUCCCGCGCGUUGGGGAGGGAGGGACGGAGACACACGAUCGCGCCCGCGACGUUCGUGAAGAAUCUGCGAGCGCUGUCGAAGACGUUUCGGAAGGGACGGCAAGAGGACGCGCACGAGUUCGCGCGGUGCCUCUUAGACGCCAUGCACAAGCGCUGCGUCGACGCCGCGCGCCCGAAGCCGAAGGAGGGCAGCGCGCGCUCGGAGACGUCGUUCGUGUGGCAAGUCUUCGGCGGGCGGCUGCGGUCGCGGGUGGCGUGUAAGACGUGCGGCAAAAUGAGCGACACGUUCGACUCGUUCAUGGAUCUCUCUCUGGACGUCGCGAGGAGUCGAUCGGUGCAGAGCGCGCUGAAGAGUUACACCGCCGUGGAGGUGCUCGACGGCGCGAACAAGUACAAGUGUGAGAUGGGCCCGGGGAAGCCGCACAUGACGCGAGCGACGAAGCAGUUCACGAUCGACGCCGCGCCGAAGGUGCUGACGAUUCAGGCGCGUUUUACUAGACGAAAGUUGAACCAAUUCGUGGAGUACCCGACGCGGCUGGACGUGAGCGAGGCGAUGAGCGACGCGUCGCCGCGCGCGCGAGGGCGCGAGCGGUACUCGCUGUUCGGCGUCCUCGUGCACAGCGGCGGGAGCAUGCACAGCGGGCACUACUACUGCUACGUGAAGGGGAGCACGGGGCACUGGUACGAGAUGGACGACGAGGGGGUGUCGCCGGUGAGCGAAAAAACCGCGCUGUCGCAACGCGCGUAUCUGCUGUUUUAC